AAAUCCACCAGUUCCAAUGUGGAGCUCUUGCUAGUUAUCAUAUUAAUGAUACUCUUACCCUUACUUCAUCUAAGUUUAGGAUCUCUUUUUAUAUGCAUUAGAAUUCUCUCUCUAAAGAUAUUCAGUGCUGUGUGUAGCAUGUCGCCUAAUGUUUUUAGUGGUUUUAGGAAACGUGUAAGCUUCAUGUGGUACUCUCUAUCAGUGAGUCCAUUGAUUGACAUCGAGCUCAAAGUUAGUAGUAUUGUCGUAAGUCCCCAAGGUUGGCAUUAUGGGGGCAUGGUUUUAUCAAUCUCUUCAGUAAAGGGUGAGAAGUGGCUAGCUGGAGUAAUAGGUUCCUUUUCACGUAAGGCUGAUGAGGCUUCAAUAUCUUUCCUAUUUGUAUGGGUGCAAGUCAGUCUGUGGGUUGGUUGGUAUGGAUUUCGGUUCCAACUUAGGCAGCUAGCUUUUCGUCCUCAAGAAAUCUCUUUCUGGUCUUUUCCCAAAAAAGUUCUAGCAAUUUUUAUUUUUGGAGACUCCAUUUUUUAUGUUAGAAACAACCAUUUUAACAAAAACUGUAUUGCACAGGCAGAUUUCGCUCCUUAUGGCUCAACAUUUUUGCACCACCCUAAUGGUAGGUUCACUAAUGGCAGAACAGUUACUGAUUUUAUUUGUGAAUUUAUAGGCAUUGAUAUGCAACAACCAUACUUUGAGGCACAGAGAGCGCUCAUGAAUGGUAGUAGAAAUGAUUACCUAUCAAAUGGCAUCAACUUUGCUAGCAUUAGGAGUGGUGUUCUGCAAGAAACCAAUAAAUUUAUGGGAGUGAUAUCAAUCUAAGACCAAUUACGACAAUUCCAAACAUUAGUAAAGCAAAAUAGGAUAGAUAAAAGUCUAGUUCAGAAAUCUCUUUUCUUCUUGGAGUCCAGCUUAAAUGACAUAUACAAUUACUUUUUUCCUUUUGGUACCCCAACACUUGAUCCAGAUGCCUAUGUGCAAGCCAUGAUCAAAGAAGUAGCUAACCUAGUUGAUCAAAUUUACAAACUUGGUGCUCGUAAAAUUGCUGUGUUUUCACUAAGUCCUAUCGAUUGCAUUCCAACAAAAGCCCUCUUGCCUAGUGCGCCAACUAAUUGCUGUUAUGGAAAGAUGAAUGUGAUGGUUAAGAAGUACAAUAAAAGAUUGGAAAGCUUGGUAAAUGAUAUCCUAAUUCAACAUCCUAGUGCAAUUGGUGUUUACGGGGCAGUAUAUGGUGCUGUCCAGCACUUUCAAGUAAUUCCAACUCGUUAUGGUUUCUUUGAUGUAAGUAGCACCUAUUAUGGAGCUGGACCUUUAGGAGGGCAGCUACAAUGUAGUAGGGAAGGUUACAAAAUUUGUCCAAAACCUAAUGAGUUCUUGUUCUGGGAUUACUUCCCUCAAAUAGAACAUACCUACAAACUUAUUUCCAAGGCUUUAUGGGGUGGAAAGAAAUCUAAAAUUAGGCCAGUUAAUCUAAAGAAUCUAGCUGAUCUUACUAUCAUGCUUGUUUAUAAGAGGGCAAAUUGGUCUUUUUGCUCAUUAAAGACUGUCAGCAGACAACUAAGGGCAUUUUAG